AUAUAUAAACACAUAUAGAUAUAUAUUCUCCUUUUUAUUCACAUUAAACCUCAUAUUCAUAUUAUAUACAGAAACACCCUCACUUCUAAAUAUCUUCUUCUCUUCCCACCUUUUUACCAAUUCCCAGUUUUUUUUUUCCAUUUCUGUCUUAAGUCUCACCAUCUCUUACAAAGUAACUCAAUCCUUGCAAUUAGCUGUAACAGAUCUGUUUAGAGCUGAAGCUUUCUUCAUAAGAAGCAGUGAAUUGCAGAUCUGUUAGUCUGGUUUUGGAUUUUUAAGUUGUGGGCUAUUAUCUUGACUUCAAUCAGUGAAGAGCAAGGAGAAUUAAAAGAGGGAAAAAUAAAAAUCAAAACAUACCCUUUUUUGUGUGUGAUAUAUUUAUUGUGUAAGAAGUCGACACCUGUAAACAACUUACAUUGUUUCAAAGUGAGCAAAAACAACGAAAUAUCGUUUUGUCUUUGAUUUUUGAAAGUUUUUAUUCUUUGUUGGUAAUUUCAGGAACAGUUUAUUUAUUAAUGGGGUGGUUUGUCAUUUACUAGUCUUUUUAUUAAGCUAAAACACUAAUGGUGGUGAUGGUAGUGUCUGCCAUUUUUAGGGUCAGCUUAAAAGAAAAAGCUUUAAAUAACUGAAGGAAGAGAAAAGAGAGAAGAAAAAAAAAAAAGAAAGGGUUGGGUUUUUUUUUUUCAGUUCUUCACCAAAUUGUACAGUAAUUACUGUCUUUUCUCUUUAGCUUAAUUGUGAAGCUGAAAAGAGGUUUACUGUCAGAUUCAAGGGUGUGGCUGCCAUUUUUCAGGUUUUUUUUGCUUUUGAAAGCACUGCAGCUGCAAAAAGCUUAAAGGAGAGAGAGCCUGACUUGGACUGUGAUAUAUCAAAGGCCUUUUAUCACUACAUAAUCCAAAGUACCCCUCUGUGUAAUGGUCAUCAAUGCAUAGAACAUUUCAACCCCACUUUCAUUAAUUUCUCCCUUCACACCAUCACCACUGUUUCCUUUCUCUUUCUAACAUUAAUCCAAAAACCCCAGAUUUUCUUGUUCUUUGAAAAAACAGGGGGAAAAAAGGGGGGGGGGGAGGGGGGAGGUUUUUGAGUUGUUUGGUUUUGUGAGAAAGUAAUGAAAGUGGUAUGGAGGUGGAUGAGAUUCAGACACAAACCUGUAAGUUCUCAACAGUUGGUAAUGGAAGGAAUGAGACAAGCAAGAUAGGUCAAAAAGGUAGUGACAGCAACUUCCCUGAUGAUGAGGAAGAUGGAGAGCUCAUCAAAAGGGCUGCUGCUACUGCUGUUGCAAAUGGUGGUGUAGCUGACACCAUUGGUACUAAUUCUCUUAGAGGUUGGCAUAACUCUUCGAGGAUUAUUAGGGUUUCUCGAGCCUCCGGUGGGAAAGAUCGGCACAGCAAGGUAUGGACUUCGAAAGGGUUAAGGGACCGGCGAGUAAGGUUAUCUGUCACUACAGCUAUACAGUUUUAUGACCUACAAGAUCGGUUGGGGUAUGAUCAGCCUAGUAAAGCUGUUGAGUGGCUAAUUAAAGCAGCUUCUGAUGCUAUUGCUGAACUUCCUUCACUUAACACUUCAUUCCCUGAUACACCAAAGCAACUGAGUGAUGAGAAAAGAGGGAGUGGGGGAAUAGAACAAGGGUUUGACUCAGCUGAAGUUGAGUUAGAUGGUGAUCCAAGCAAUUACCAACAACACCUUUCCUUGUCCAAAUCAGCUUCCAGUAGCACGUCUGAGACUCGUAAGAACUCGAGUUUAUCACUUUCAAGGUCUGGGACCCGUGUGAACCGUGUAAAAGCUCGGGAACGAGCUAGGGAAAGAACAGCAAAAGAAAAGGAGGGUCAUCAACAACAAAAUGUGAACCCCAUUUCUCAAAACUCCUCCUUUACUGAGUUGCUUACUAGUGGUAUUGGCAAUGUUAGCAACAAUAAUACUAGUCCUUCAGCAUCAGCUUCAGCUUCAGCACAUCAAGACCCUAAUGCGGAGUCUGAUUUUUACCAAAAGGCUAAUAGUACUGCUAGGCUUUGGCCAGUGACUCCAAUGGAUUACUUUACCUCGGGGCUACUUGGACCAUCUUCUUCAAGAGGUCAUCAUUCUUCAGGGUUUCCUGGAGGACAAAUCCAUCUAGUGAACUCUUUGCAACAACCAAUGACAACACCACCAUUCACCGUGUCAGGUGAAAACCAUCAAGAGAUGCAGCAUUUCUCGUUUGUUCCAAACCCUGACCAUCUCAUCCCGGUGGCAACAACACAACCGGGGCAAGGGGUUGACUACAACCUCAAUUUCACAAUCUCUUCCGGCCUUGCUGGUUUCAAUAGGGGGACCCUUCAGUCCAAUUCUCCUUUUUUGCCUCAUCACCUCCAGAGGUUUUCUUCUAUAGAUGGAUCAUCACCCUUAUACAUUGGUACACCACCAGUGGAGAAUCAUCACCACCAUCAAUUCACGGUUGGAUUAGAUGGCCGCUUGCAGCUCUGCUAUGGGGAUGGAAACAGGAGCUCAGACCAGAAAGGAAAAGGCAAGAACUAAUAAGUUUCCUUUAAAAAUGGUUUCCAUCUGGCUCCAUCUUUUCCCUGGAAAGCAGAUAUGGAGAGAGCUGCAGUGGAAAAGCAUUGAGUGAAUGUGCAUGCAUUUGGGUGAUUAUUUGAUAUACCUUUAUUACUGUGCUUCCGAAAAUUGUUGGCAUUUUCUGUUUUAUCCUUUUCUGAAGUCAAUCAUUGUGUGUUUCCAACAUGUAUAACAAAAACCAAUUCAAUUCAAGUUAUUCCUUCUUUUUUUUUU